UUUAUAUAUAUUUACAUCUAAAUAAUUAAUUCUUUUUUUUUUUUAACAUAAUGGUGAGACAUCGUAAGAGAAGAAAAAAAAACUCACGUUUUCCGUUUAAGUCAUCAAAAAAUAAUAACGAACACGAUAAUUAUUAUUACUCACGUUUCAUUAAAAAUAAUGUUAAACAUUUUUCUACAACAUUGAAUUCACGAUAUCAUCAUCCAUAUGCAACACGAUCAAAAACAUCAAAUACUGAAUUACAACAAAAUAUAAAUAAUAAUAAUGAAAAUUUAAAAACAAAAAAUAUAAAAAAUUCUGAUAAUAAUAGUAUAAUUUAUUUAGGUGCUUACAAAAAAGUACCAAGAUUAAUUGAUCUUGAAACUACCAUUAAUUUUGAUAGUGAUGGCAAUAUUGAUCAAUCAAUGAAUCGAAUGAAUAAAGAAACAUUUUUUAAAAUGGAACCGAUAGUAUUUUUAAAUUAAUUAUUAAUAAAAUUAAAUGAUGAGUAGAGAAUUUAUUUAAAUAUAAAUAUUAUGUAUCAAGUAAAAUAAUUAACUAAAAAUUAAUUGACAUGAAUAAACAUUGUAAACUAUUACUUAUUGGCAUUACUUGUGGUACCGGACAACCUCCCAACAAGACAUAACGUAAAAUUGUAUCAUUGUAAAUUUUAAAGCAUGAAUCGGGUACAUGAUUUCAAAAAUAAAUAUAAAGACCAUGAAAGUAAUUUUUCUUUAAUAUAUAUAUAUAUAUAUGUAUUUGUAUUCUAAGUAUCAGUAGAGACAUAUUACAAUCCCGUUCCCGUAGCAUAGACACUCAUAUCAAGUAGCUGAAUCUCAAGAGCUUGAACGUCCCGCUGUGCAUUUGUGCAACUUUACUCUCUUUAUUUAACACACCAACCAAGUGCUUGUGCACAUACUACACACUACAAAAACUAUUGUUAAAUGCCGCGUACACUCUAAUAUCUCUAUUCUACUUGCUAAAAUU